AUGCUGUGUUCCGCGCGCUGUUCAUGCUUUCUUUGCCGCGAGUUGCAGUCCUGCCGCGCCGCUGACGCUCGUAAGCCUCCAAACAAACACAACAUGUGCGACAAUUUUAUACUGAAGAAGGCGGAGGCCUGGGAGCCCAUGAAGUUCAUUAGAGGUGCUGCGAGGCUUUCAGUCAGACACUGGCAGAGCCGAGAACCACUCGCGCCCGGGAAGCGAACUCCGACUCACAAGUCCACGAGCUGUGAACAAUUGUAUUCGCAACCCACAGACGAAGGGCUCUACCCGUUGAGAAAGGCCCCCAGCUCGGAUAGAAUGAAACAAACGGAUCACAAACCUCUAUUUAAACUCCUCGGUAAUUCGCGUUCGAAAAAAAUAAGUGAACCACCCGACUCAAAUGUUAGAAGAAGUGUAUUGAAUUUCAGGAAAAAUGAACAACCCCACUCUAAAAACGUGCAUGAAAAGUAUGUGCCUCUGCCGAAAGGUUCGACGUCAUUGGAACAUAUAUACAGUGAUCCAAAACAAUGGAACUCUAAAUACGACGAAUGCUGUAAGCCACCAGUCUACCAAAGCGUUGAAAAGAAAAUGUUAGAUAGCAAAGCCGAUAAAAAGGCUUACAGCAAUCGUCCCCCGUGCUAUGAUGAGUUAACAGAGAGGUUAUCUCAUGAAAAGAACAAGAAGUCCACGACGCCUGACAGAGGACUGUCAAAUAAAAUAACACAAAACAAUAACAAAGUUGUCAUUUACUUCGGGGAUUCACUCAUUCGUAAACACAAUGAGGAAAGAAAGGAAGAAAUUAAAACCCAAGAAAAUAUUCAAGUGGAAGAAGCGAUUUAUGCUAAUCGAUUAGUGGAAGAAACAAAUAAUUCAGGGAUAGGAAGAGAAGUUGACAAGGGUGGAGGAACACAACUAGUUACGGAAGUUCAAGUAUCUGAGGGUAUUUACACAGAAGUAAAGCCUGAAGUACCUGAUACACCACAUAUAAAUGACGCCACUUAUAAAAAGGAUAUCCGGGAGACCAUGAGCUCUGAUGGAUUUCUGAUAGUGGAGUUCGAAGGGAAUUUCGAAAGGGCUCGUCAGUUGGUCGAUUUGGUACACGGCAGCAGUGGAGCGGAACAACAUGAGGCAACAAUGCUGGAUGAGGACGAGCAAUGCGACUGGAGUUUCAUCCAAAAUUGGAGAAAACGGCCAUCUAGCGGCUGUCGUCCUUCCGAAGAGACGUGGUGUGGCGCAGGGGUUUCUGGUGCCAGAGCGCUGCGUGUACGAGUCGCGGGCGCUGCGCCGGCGCACGCUCGCCGCUUGUCGCCACCGCCGCACGCGCAUAGAGCUACCACACCACCGCCACCCGCAGAACCACCAGCUAAACCAAAUACAGAAGAGCAACGUGCUCAAACAACUGACAGUCCAAGUACAGCGCAGUUGAAGCCAGUCAGUGCAGUAUCUCAAAUAACAGUUGCCAGUUCACCAGUUCGUAGUGCCCCCGUGCAAAGUAGUUAUGCCCUGGAGAGACGCAAACAUGAGCAUCGCCCACCUGACAACCCACAGCAGAAUGGUGUUCGCGAAUGCAACAGCAGCUCAGAUGAAAACAGAUCGUCGGGCCAUGCCUCUAUGUCCGACAGUGGCGGAGGUGGCGAAGCGGGUCGCGAAGAGCCAAGGCGAUCGAGGCAGCCACCGCAUGCGAGGACCAAGCAUAGACCACAUAAUAAGUUACAGUCUCCGUGGCCGGGGGGUGGUGGAUUGGAGGACAUCAGAUCAGCCAUUAAGCAACUGACUCUCCGAUCUAGGGACAGCAGUAGCACAGCUACAAGUGGGGCGUCUAGCGCUGGAGGGGGUAGCAAUAAUGGAGCACAAGAGACGGGAAGUGCAGCGGAAGCCAGAAGAAGACGCGCUCCGCUGGUUCGGCAGCCAUCACUAGAUACAGUGUGUACCAACGUCACGAGCGCUGAUGAGUUCGUCUGGGUGGAUUCACAUAAUAGAUUAGUAGAGUUACGCUGCGUGCCAUGGACGGCGAGUGAAAUAACGCGAGCCUUGCAAUCUGGUCGAUGUCGGGAGCUUAGUGCCAGAAUGGCGCCGGAUGCACCAUCCAGACUAGCAUAUUUACUGCAACGAGCGUUAGUCCGUAUAGCUCGGGAAGCUCAACGUCUCUCGCAGAACUUCGGCUUCUGCUCCAAGCAUGAAGUAGCCGGUGCGUUCCGUAUCAUCCUAAGUACACCAUUAGCCGACGCUUGUAUAAAGGGUUGUCAACGGGCAGCAACAAUGUACGCCACGUCAGGCAGCGCCGCAAGACGUCUCGGAUCAGCCGCUCGGGCGCGUACCAGUUUCGCGCCGGGCAGGUUCUUGAGAUGGAUGCUGGACGUUCGUGUCGCAUCCUUCGUGCAUGAAUACGCAGCGAUAUAUCUAUGCGCUGGUAUGGAGACGCUUCUGGAAGAGAUAGCGCUGAUCGCCGGAAGUGGAGCCGUAACUACUCCAAUAGCACCAGCUACUAUCGACCAUGCUGUCGCAAACUGCUCGGACCUUUGGGGUUUGCUGCAGCCAUAUAGCCACUUGAAUGCUGGGCGGGUUGCAUCAGGUGCGUUGUCCUUAUCUCGGUGGGAGUCGAUGAGUUCCUUGGCUUCUGGUUCCGGUUCAUCUUCUGGCGCGCCCAGACCUGAAAAUCGACAACUGGGUAUGAGCCACGACUCGGGUAUUACUACAAAUGGAUCUGGAGGUUCCGGAACAUCUGGAUCAAACGCCAGUUCGGCUGAAUCGGGCGGAACAAAUGGAUCUGUGGGCUCUGGUGCUUCUGUUCUUUUGACGACCUGUGCUGGAUCUGCGGGAGAAUUGAGAGCCGUGUUACGGCAACUCAGCCCGCGACACUCACCGCUGUCACCGGCUGGUGAAAGGGCAUUGUAUUACUUCAUGCGUUGUUCGCAAUUAGAGCAUAGCACAAGCAAUGGUUCAAAUGGCGCUUGUGGGGGGAAUCGUCGCGGGGGGGAUUGUGGGGUGAACGUGGCGCGGGAGCACUCCCACCACUUGGGGAGUGGGCUGCUACUGCCACAUGCAGACUGUCCACCGAGGCCCAUAACAUUAGAAGAAGCAAUAGAACCAGCAUGGUCCAGGUGUACGCGUACAGCGGAUGAGCUCAGUCGAGCCGCGUUAGGUUUAGCCCAACGAGCUCUGCUCAGCGGUAGACCGGAGUUCGUAGGCGGGGUAAGAGCGUUGCUGCCACCCGCUGGAAUAGACGCAACGGAUGCAUCUGGACUUACUGCGCUCAUGAAGGCCGCGUUAGCAGGAGACGAACAAGUCGUUGCGAUGUUGCUAGAAGCUGGCGCUGAUCCAAACAUUGAAACCGGUGGUGCUGCAGCGCAACACAACGCGCUGCUCUCCCCAUCACGCUCCCCCAACCAUCCGCAUUCGCCGUCUCAUGCUAACAACUCACCAGCGAACACAUACACACCACCUACUGCUGGUUGGACGGCUUUAGUCUACGCCUGCAGCGGUGCUGGUGCUGGUGGUACAGGUGCAGUAGAAGCAGCGAGAAGACUAUUAGCAGCAGGUGCUAGAGUAGAUGGCGCACCGGCCAGAGGAGAAGAUGUAUGCACACUUACACCAUUGCAGGUGGCGUGUGGUGUAGGGAAUCUGGAGUUGGUUCAGUUGCUGUUGUCUCAUGGUGCAGAUCCUUUCCUGUCAACACAACUCAACGACGCCCUUUGCUAUUCGGCGGCUGCCCAAUAUGGCUGCUAUAGUGCGGUAGCAGUAUGCUGUACUCAUGGUCGUCGCGCGUGUCUAAGAGCCGCUGUCCGCGGUGGUGGGGGUCGUGCCGUUCUCUCCCUGGAAGAAGUUUUAGCUGAAGGGGCACCUCCGGCUGCUGGACGUCCGCCACCAUUUAGUAAACAGCAGCAGAGGGCAUUACAAGACGCUAUGUAUUGUGCAGCCGAGACUGAUCAUCUGGACAUAACCUUGGAGUUACGAGCUCUAGGUGUCCCUUGGUCGCUUCACGCCUGGACUCUCUCCUUGGCCGCUGCUGCAGAAGCUUCUCUUGACCAUGUCAUCGACCAGCUAUUACAAGAUUUCUUACAGGUAUGUCCCUCGGAUGAUAGCCACUACAGCAAGCAGUUUAUAUAUGAAUGUCUUCCCCUGCUUUUCAACAUUUUACGAUACAGCAAGAAGGAAGGCACAGUGCUGCUGCUUGCAGACAUUCUAUGUGCGUGUUAUGGAUGGGAGGCGGUGCCAGCAGUGCGUGAACCACCGCCAGCUGCGCCUGCGCCGGCGCGCGUCGACGUCUCAUACGUCAACAAUCCGUCUCUUGCUGACGUCACGUUCAGGGUGGAAGGUCGUCUGUUUUACGGACACAAAAUCGUUCUCGUGUCGGAAUCCCCGCGUUUGAGAGCGAUGUUAGCGCCUACACGGAAUUCUACAGAUGCCAUCCCUCCAGCGAACACCACUCCGCCUCUAGUUCAAAUCAAUGACAUACGAUAUCAUAUAUUUGAGCAAGUUAUGAAGUACCUCUACUCCGGAGGAUGCUCAAACCUAGAUAUACCAGAAAGCGAUGUGCUGGAAGUAUUAGCAGCUGCUUCCUUUUUCCAACUUCUGCCGCUACAGAGACAUUGCGAGGCGCGCGCUGCAAAAUCCGUGGACCUUCACAAUCUUGUCUCUGUCUAUAUACAUGCAAAGGUAUACGGCGCUACUCAACUACUCGAGUACUGCCAAGGAUUCCUCCUUCAGAACAUGGUGGCUCUGCUCACAUACGACGACUCGGUGAAGCGGCUUCUGUUUGGCAAAAGGCUGCCUGGACACAACGUAUUAGGAGCUUUGUUAACGACGCUACAGAAGAGGAUCGAGUCUCGAAAGAACCAAGCAAAAAGCCGAUAG